AUGACAGCGGGAACAGUUGUGAUCACUGGCGGAAUCCUAGCUACAGCCAUCCUCCUCUGCAUCAUCGCCGUCCUGUGCUACUGUAGGCUCCAGUAUUACUGCUGCAAGAAGAGACAAGCGGAGGAUGCAGAUGAAGAGGAGGAGCAUGACCUCCCCACGCACCCCAGAGGCCCCACCUGCAAUGCCUGCAGCUCCCAAGUCCUGGACAGCGGAGGCAGCCCGGUGCCUCCCGCCGGCGAGCCCUGCAGCCAGCCAUGCACGGCCGGGAGGAGCCACUGCCCCGCCUGCUCCCUCUACAGCUCCCCUUUUUACAUACAGACGGCUGACAUGGUGCCCAAUGGGGGCGAGAGGCUCUCCUUCAUUCCCACAUGCUACAAGGAGGGGGGACCCCCACCCCACAAAACGGCAGCACCCCAGAGUUACCCGGUGACCUGGUCAGGCUCUGGGCACGAGAUGUUCACCAAUCCAAGGGCUAUUAGUACAGAUGUGUAA